AUGGCGCGGCGAGCUAGAGCAGGACUCAUGGUGCUGGUGCCGCUACUGCUCUUGCCACUGGGCGCACUGGCGGUGGCGGCGGCUGCAGGCACCGACCGGGAUGCGCUGCUAGCGUUCAAGGCCGGCGUGUCGGACCCGACGGGCAAGCUCCUGUGGUGGAACGACGCGGUGCAUUUCUGCCGGUGGCCCGGCGUGAGCUGCACCGCGGGGCGCGUCACGUCACUGGACGUGUCCGGGCACGGCGUCACGGGGAAGCUAUCCCCGGCCGUCGGCGACCUCACGCACCUCAAGGUCCUCAACCUCACCGACAACGUCAAGAAGAAGUCUAAGGACAAAAGAGAGAGGAAGCCCAGCACCAAGUACAGCGGCCUAGAAUGGGGCAAAGCUCCGCGAUCCACUUCGGUGUUGAUUUCGAGAGUUCAUAGGUCCGAGCCGAGGUCUGUCGGGUCGGCAAUCGAAUUCCGGAUCGAAGAACUGGCUCACGAACACCGUACUCGCCUGCAAGUGACGAUGAAGGUUGAACAUCAGUUGGCGUUGAUCCUGAAGAAGUUGGACGAGCAAUCGCAGGGGAUCUCUGAGACCAACCGGCGCCUCACCGGCAUCCAUGAAUCAGUGGCGGAGCUCACCGCCGCCAAGGCUGACUUCGACCAUUGGCGACCCAAGGUUGAUGGCCAAGUUGUGGAUCUGCGCGACUGCAUCGACAAUUUUCGCCAGCAACUCGACGAGCUCAAGUCGUCCUCCCCUUCGGCCACACCCCAUCUCGAUGGCCCAGGAUCUGCUUCACUCAAGGUGCCAGGGUCCGCUCAUCUCGACCCGUCCUCUUCCAAGGCGGCACCUGGGCCUUUUGGCCACGACGAUGCAACCCAUCACCGGAUCGAUAGUCCGGGGGUUGUCUACACCCUCGAACCACCUCCGAUCUAUAAGCUAGUAGUUGACCGUUUUGACAGAGAUCAGUUUAAUCACUUCAUUCGUCAGUUUUUCCAUGUCAAGCAGUCUGGUCCUGUCUUAGAUUACAUCACCCUUUUUGAUGAUCUCAUGCACCAGCUCCUUGCUCAUGACCCUUUAGUUAACCCAGCUAUCCUUACUAGCAAAUUUGUUGAUGGCUUAAAACCUGAAAUAAGAGCUGCUGUUUUGUUACAUCGCCCCAAAGACUUGGAUACUGAGAGCUCUCUUGCCAUUUUACAGGAAGAUGUGUUAUCUGGACAUGUUCCUAGAGAAUACAAGAAGCUGGAUUCAUCUUAUUCAUCAUAUUCACCGAAGCAUACAAGCAAGACUUAG